GAGAUUCGAUGUAGGGCGGACCAAUCAGAGAGUGUCAAAAGGAGUCUCUGCUACAGCUAUAAUUCCCGUACACCGAUAUCCUCAUCCCAGAUGCGCCGAAUUCCAUUCACCCUCCAUUUUCCCGAUCCUCGCAACUUUACACCCUCGACGACGCCCUUAAGCUACACAUCCGCCUAUACUUACUUACGCACUCGCCAUCUGCGAACUUCUGCCUUCUGUCUGUUGUUCACAACAAGCCCGACUCCGUGCCAGGGAUCGCAAGUCGACACCUACACCAGCCGUCGGUAUGCCGAAGCAGAAAUUGUUCAUCAGCAGGGCAAAAGUGAAGCCCAAGAAGGAGCCCAAGAAGCUCGACACGCCCGACGACUUCCAGGCGGCCGGUGUCGACUUCGAGGAUGCGGCCGGGAAAUGGAGGGCCGGCGACGCUGCCAAAUCUAUGCGGUUCUUUCAGAGGGCCGCCGAUGUUUAUGACCAAGGACUGCGGAAAUUCCCUCGAAGUGUCGAUCUAGCAUACAAUAAAGCUCGGGUGCAGCUGGAGAUGGCGACACACCCUAUGUUGGUGCCACUUCUACAACGGCCGUUGAAAGACGCAUUGGGAGAUUCCUUGUCGUCGCACCGCUACGCUCUCGAGCUGGAUCCCGCCAAUGCUGACACCCUCUUCAACGCUGCCCAAGUCCUCACGGCGAUUGCUGAAGUCAAGGUUGCCGACGAAGAGGAUGACGAAGCCGACCGCCAGGCCUUGGGGGCCCUGGAAGAGGCUCUUGACCUGCAAGGAAGAUGCUUGAGCGUGCAAGAACGGAAACACCAGGAGUUCCUGGAGCAGGAGGAACGCGCUGCGAGAGAGCAAAGUGAUCUGGCAAGUAAUCAGUCCAUGCAAGUAGACGAGCCAGAGGGCAGCCUAGAAUCGGCACAGGCGGGCCAAGACGAGAAGUGGUUUAGCAUUGUUGAACCGGUGACUUAUAGCACGCUCAUCGAUACCUUACUCGCCCAGCUAGGAACCCUCACCACCCUACACAGCAUUCUGAAUUCGUCGCCAGGAAUCGCUGCAAACGACAGCUUCAAAUGGACCGAGGAGCUUUCGACUAGGCUUCUACAAAAGACGCAGAUAUUCUCACGCCACCAGCCAGACAGGCUACAAGAGAUCGCAUUGGCGAGGGGAAAUCUCGCGUCUAUGAUGUUGGAGACGGGAUUCCGGACCGGCAAGCUCGACGCCGAAACCUACAAAAGGGAAAGAGACGCAGCCUUUGCUGUGGCGGAACUACAGUUGGACGGGUCCACCGAAGGCCUCAUCGCCAACGCCCGUUCCCUGAUUGCAUGCAACUCAGCGCUGGCGGAGGCCGGGGUCGAGACUCAGAUGUCGUAUUCGAUAAUUCGAUGGAAUGUUCUCACCGCGAGCAUAGCGAACCUCAAGUCCGCAUCCGCUAUACGGGGGAUCCUCCAGGAAGAGCUGGCAACGACUCAUCUCUUGCGCGGCGACGCAAGCUUGUUCCUACAUGCUAUGGCUCACCCGCCGACAUCGCAUCCGACCGCUAUAAACAGCGCCGCUCAGAACGCCAAGAAUGCAGAGGUAUACUACCGGAACGCGAGCAAAUUGACCUCGGAUGAAGAAGAGCGGGAAAUAUCUGCCUUCAAGUCAGCAGUCGCCCAGUACUUACACCUCUACUCCCAAGGACAAGUGCCAGGCGACUUGAGUAAAUUGCUGGCUGCAAGCUCACGGGGCCGAGAUUGGGCCGCGAAACAGCUUGAAGAUAUGGUGGCAGAGAAUCUGGUCCCCCAAAUCCUAUUCUCGUGAGAAGUCAGCGUGGCUAAGGGCGAACACCACGUUACGAGGCGCAGUGCAAGGUAGUUCACGAAUCUGGCCACGUAUUUGUGUAU